UUACUGGUCCGUUCCAAGGCGUUUAAAAUCCAAACCGUCUUCCCUCACCAGCAACGCAAACGGUUUACGAAGGCACGCCAUUCUUGUCUUUUUACAUUCUGGAUUUUCCUUUGGGGGAUUUGAUCUGAGCUACCUACCAGAACAGGAUGAGCUCUGUUGAGGUGAAUGAUGAGAACCGCGGCGUCUGCCCCAGAGGAAAGCACAGCAGCACAAGUGGGGACAUUUUCGAGCUAGACCAGCCGACCGGGAGGCCGUCCAUCCUGCGGCAGACGGAGAACCUCCCCAGCAAGACAAUGCAGAAGGGCGUGAAGGUUUGUUUCCAGACUCCGCAAAGGGAUCCAGUUACUAAAAGGAUUCUAUCUCCUGCAAAGUUGCUUAAAAUGACAAGUGUGGAUGAGUGCACAAAAGCUAUCGAGUCCCUGAAUUUGAACACAACAAACACUAUGCCACAAGAGACGUCAAAGGAAGAAGAUGGUCCCGCACAAGAACUGUCUUCCUAUCCUGAUGAUGAUAUGCCAAUCCAAAGCAAAGGAGGUUAUCAGUUGGACUUUGACAAUCUGGACAACAUAAACCCUUUCGGGAGUUCUAAUAAGAUGGUUCUCUCCCCCCCGAGGCCUGUGGUUGAGAACCCUUCUCCCAAACAACCAGACAGUCAGUGUGAGGAGCCCACCAACAAGUCGGAUUUGGCAUUGGAUGAGACUCUUCCAUUCACCCGCUCUGUGGAGAACUCCCUCGUCAACGUCUCUGCCGAGGUCAGCUCUGCAGACAGCAGCGUGGUCACAGUGCUGAAGGUUCCAGCUGUGGAGCAAGAGUCGCGUAGCGAAACGCCUGACCAUGUCCCCGCUGAGAUGCCCCCCAGAGGCGACGAAAACAAACCCUCACAGGAUUUUGGAGAAGAUGCGCCCCUUUUGGCAAAAGGAACUUACAACUUUGAUUUUGACAGUUGUGACACAGUGGAUCCUUUUAUAACCGGGGGCUCCAAAAUCCAGAAUUCCCCUGUCCUGUCGAGGAAGGCACCAGACAGUAACACCCCCGCAGAGAAAGCCCCGAUCAAGCCUGCAGAUGAAGAGGUGCUCCAGGGGCUCCCUGUACAAGUUGACGUGAACCUCAUCGCCACCGCGACCCCUACUCCAUCGUACGCUCAAGGGGUUGAUUCGGAGACCCCGUUGGCGGCCCCGCCCACCAAGGCAGGUCCGAUCAAGCUGGAGUUCAACUUGGAUGGUGGUGAGGUCAAACAGAAACCCCUGCCCAAGAGGAUUGGCAGAAAACCACCUGGCCACAAGCCCAAAGAGGGAAAGUCUUUGUCCAACACCAAGGCGCCGGCAGGUGACGCGGACAAGUCGUCGGCCAGUGAUGAUGCAGAUGCGAGUGCCCCCAAAGCCUUGUACUCUUUUGACUUUGUAAAGUUGGAUGACCCCAACUUUAACCCCUUUGGCACAAAGUCCAACAUCAGCAACUCUCCCAAGAGCAGUCUGCACACCAGCCCCGAGCACAACUCUACACACGAGACACCUGCUCAGGCCGAUGAGAGCGCGUCCACAGUGGAAGCCACCGCUGAAGUGCUACAAGAGCAGAAAGUUGAGGAGUCUGCUUGUGUCAAUGAGCAGGGUUCACCCCCCAAAGCUGAGAAGGCUGCAGACAAUUUAGCCGAACAACAACCACAGACUAGCCUGUCAAACUUCACUGAAGUGUUUGUGCCUGGCACUGAGUUCAUGUCCAACAACUUUGAGGGGCAAAUCGACUACCUUGAACAGUUUGGCUCAAGCAGUUUCAAGGAGUCUGCGUUGCGCAAACAGUCCUUGUACCUCAAGUUCGACCCCCUGCUGAGGGAGAGCCCGAAAAAGUGUGGAGGAGGUCCUGGGUUUCCACCACAGGCUCCUUGCACGACUUCUCUCGUUUCACGGUUUGAAACUCUACCGAUGGCUGAAGAUUCUACCGCAGCUCCUACUCCCCAAAUACUCGAGAGCCUCAUCCCAGCUUUCUCGCAGCCUGCAAGCACAGAAGACAUCAUUGACGUGCUCAAGUAUAGUCAGAAAGACAUGGAUGCAGCCAUUGCCAAAAUCCAGGCUGAGGCCAAGACAAAAGAGGACCAAAUGUGCACAAAGUACAACCAGUUACAAGGCGAUGGUCAGGAAAUGAGGAAAAUAAUUGCAGAAUUUGAGCUCAUCAUUGCAAAAAUGAUGGCGGACCAAGAGAAGGAGCGCGAGGCUUCGCUGGCCAAGCUGAACGAGGUCCUGCUGGAAAAGGAGCAGGUCUCCAGUGAUCUCAACGCCAUGGAGAGAUCACUCUCGGACCUUUUUAGACGACUGGAGAAGUACAAGGAAAUCAUCGAGGGUUACAAAAAGAAUGAGGAAACCCUGAAGGCUUGUGCUCAGGACUACCUGGAGAGGAUCAAGAAGGACGAGAAGCGCUACCAGACCCUUAAAGCCCACGCCGAGGAAAAAAUUAGCCAGGCCAACGAGGAAAUCGCUGAGGUGCGCUCCAAGAACAAGGCAGAGGUGUCGGCGCUGCAAGUCCAGCUGCGGCGCGAGCAGUUGAAGGUGCACUCGCUGGAGAAGAACCUGGACCAGAAGGUGAAGGAGGCUGAAGAGCUGACCAAACUCUGUGAUGAGCUCAUCAGCAACGUCCAGAAGGGUUGAUUGACUUGCACUUGUACAUAUUUCGUUGUCUGUCCCCUUUUGGUCUCAUCACUUUCAUUCUCUUGUUUCGGUACAUUUUGUUAUUUUGUCAAUGUUUUUACAAUACUUUAAAAUAGUAAUAAAGAGGAUUAACUUGUACAAAGUGUGCUGAUUUUUGUGAACCCAGAAGAAAUUAUCGUACAAGACAGAAAAUUUGUGUUCUUCAUGCAUGAGGCUUAAAUUAACGACAGGACAACAUUAUUGAAAUGUAAAAAUAGAAAAAGAUAUUCCUCACCUGCUGCACUUUUGACCUUAUUUGUUUGUUUGUAUUGCUGACCAGUGGGCUGCAAAUGGCCGCCACAGUGUAAAAUGUUUUUGCAAUAUACUGCAUUAGAGUAUGUUGAAAUUUGCACUGCCACUUUGUUGUCUCAGGCAAAAUCAGGUGUGCCAAGGGAAAUUCUGUAAUUCCUCAAACUGUAUUUUUGUUCAUCAAACUGCCUUCAACUUGUGGCAGAAGGUACAAAAUUAACAUGUACAUUCCACUUUUUUCUGACAUUUUGCUCGGUGGUGUGCUGUUUUCUCAAAAGCAAAAUGGGCCUUUGUUUUGAUUGGGGGAAACACUGAGGAGUGAUGAAAAUGUGUGUUGUUGUGUUUGUAUUUUUGUUAAAACUUUUUGAAAAGCAUCUCGAUUUGAAAAACUUGUAUUUUCUCUAGAUUACGAAUGAGUGGGAAAAAUGCUGUAAUGUUAAUAAAAUUCAAUUCAACAGUAA